UCUUUUCGACAUCAUCACUCCCUAAUCUCACUCUCCCGCCUCAACGAGUACAGUCGCUCUCAUCACUACUCAGUUACUCGCUCAAAUAAACCGAGUUCCAUCACACCAAUCGAUCAAUUAUGGAGAACGGAGCCACGUCUCAGAGUGAGGGUAAAGACCCCUCGGGUUUCCUCGGCGAAAUCAUCGGCAAUCCCGUCACUGUCAAACUGAAUUCCGGCGUGGUCUACAAGGGUGAACUGCAAUCCGUCGACGGUUACAUGAACAUUGCCCUGGAAAAAACAGAGGAAUUCAUCAACGGUGUGAAGAGGCGGAGCUACGGUGAUGCGUUUGUCCGCGGCAACAACGUCAUGUAUAUAUCUGCGGAUUAAGGCGGCAUUCCAAGCACAGUUGUGUGAGGGGAAGAAGCUAUGAUGGGACGUGAGCAAGCAUUCAUCGAUGUUGGUACUAGGGAACACACGUGCUUGAAGUCCAGCCGGCUCAAGAGGGCAACCGCUCACUCAACAAUGGGGCCACGUUUGUCAUCACAUCACCAAGUACGAACUGGGGUAGUUGUGUUCAAGAACGCAACUUUAGUUAUUAUA